AUGGCCAAUGCCAGGUUUUUCGCCGCCUUUGCAGGACAGGAGGAACCUCUGUUUGGCGAAUCUGCAUGUCGUAACAGGGAGAAGCCCGUGAUGUUGGGAGAGCGUGCGCGCCGGGUAGUCGGGGCUGGUCCAGAUUUGAUCAAUGAGCGGAAGCAGACUCGCGGCUCAUGGUUGGGGCGCUCUCAAGUGUGUGAGCAUGGGGCCAAUAAGCGGGAGAAUCCCUUGGAACCGAUUAUCUGGAUCUAUCAAAAGGGGAGUGUUUGGAGUUGCGGUAACCGCAUGUGCAUCCACGUCAAAAAUGGAGGCCGAGAUGAGGCUUGUGGUGAUUCUCUUGGCACAUGA